GUGUGCCGUGUUGAUGUUUUGUAAUUUGUAUUUUGUCGUGAAAAAAUCUGAAUUCUGAAAUAAAAAUAAGUUUAAUAAUUUGGAAUACUUCAGUAAUAAAUUACAAGAAUAUUUUUAAAUCCUACGUUAAACAAGUGAAUUAAACAAUGGCCGACAAACUAACCCUGGACAAGCAACAAAUGAAAGAUCGGGCCACAGCCCAUCUUAGAAUAUACGUUGGUGGUAUCAAGGAAGAGACAGACGUGGAUGAUCUAUAUAAUCAUUUCAUAGAAUAUGGUCAGAUAGAUGGUAUUCUGGUCAGCAGAGUCUUCGGUUUCGUGCAGUUCAAUCAGGAAUCUAGUGCUAACGAAGCCAUUGCUAAGGCCAAUGGCAGUAUGUUAAUGGGAAAGAAAAUAACAGUGAGACCUGCUAAUAUUAAUGGACCGAAUACAAGGCAGACUGAAGUGGUGAUUAUACAGUCUGAUAAGCCACCUGCAGUUGCUCUUACCGAUAAUACACCAGUCGCAGAAGUCGCUGAAGAGCCCUAUGAUAACUACGGCAACUAUGUGGGCGAUCAAAAUUAUGGCGGCGAUGAAUAUGAAGAGACUGGGCGAGACUACGGUCGUGACGCACAACACGGGGGGCCGCGGGGCAGGGGGCGGGGCCGAGGCAGAGGCAGGAUUGCGCUACAUGGCGGCUUCAGAGACCACUCGCCACCAAGAGGCGGCAACGAGUGGUCAGAGAGAGGCUACGAGCGGUUCUCUCAGCCGGAGUACCCGCGCGCGCUGCCCCUGCCGGACAAAAACGACUGCGAGAUCAUCGUCGUCUCUAAACUACUUACGGAAUACGCAGAGUACAUAGAGAGCAGACUCAAACGGUUGGGUAUAGUCGUGGACCUGCUUUUCCCAAUGGAGGACGUGCCCAUCGGCAAAGUGCUGGGCAACAUAGCGUCGCGCGGCUGCCUGUACGCGAUACUGGUGAUGCCUCUUAACCAGGAGCACAGGUCCUUGACUCUGACCAUACUGCAUGGAUUACCUCAAGAACACCGCAACAUACCGCUCGAGGACGCCCUACAUCUGAUGUCGCGCAACUUCCAAGAGGUGAAGCUCGGUGGGCCUUCGGGCAGGGAGGCUGUGUACGCGCUGUUGGGCCAGCUAGCUGACGGGCGCAGUCUCACAGUGCUGCAGUAUGACAAGGUCAUGGAAUAUCUCCAGGAGCGUCGAGAACAGCAAGUCAAACUGGAACUGGGCGAACCGUUGACCUCAUCAGCGCCGGCUACCAAGACCCAGGCGGACUUGCAGCAAAGGAUCCUGAGCAUCCUCAACGACAAAAGUGCCCCCACUAAAGAGCCCCCCAAGCCGGAACCACAGAACAAACUCCUGAACGACCCCACUGUCAGAAAAGCGUUAGAUUCAAUAUUACAAAAGUUUGUGUAAUGAUCAUCGACUUCCUAUUAAAAAGUGGAUGCACAAUCAGCGACCAAAGAACGUCCCCACUCAAUGAGUGCCAAACACAACUUCUUGGCAAUCAAUUCAAAUAGUCGCAUUUGCAAAUUCAACCUUAAACUCAAUUCUUAAGGUUGAAUUUGCUCUGACUUUGGGAUUUUAUUAAAUAUUGGACUACAUUUCAAGACCUUUAGGUAUCAUUUUCUUUACCAAUAAUUCUAAAACUGUCGAAAGUAAAAUUGGCCAGUUUUUAAGUGAAAUUUUCUACAUCAUUGUGCGUCCUUUUAUUUUAUGAGGUUGAUGGUAAUGAUGUCUAUUUUCCAUGUAUCUAUAGUGUGACACAAAAGAGUAGAAAAUAAACGAGGGCGCUGUAGUCACCUAUUCAUAGGUGUAACUCUGUGUUGUCAUCCACUUGGGACUGCAACUACCUUGAUACUUGAUGAUAAUUGAUAUUUUGUAUAUCAUUUUGUAUCUAUACUAUAGUAUUAUAAAACUGAAGAGUUUGUUUGUUUGAACGCGCUAAUCUCAGGAAAUACUGGUCCGAUUAAAAAAAUUCUUUCAGUAUUAGAUAACCCAUUUAUCGAGGAAUGCUAUAGGCAAUCAUAUAUACUUAUUCCCGUAUUUCUACGGGAACGGGAACCACGUGGGUGAAACCGCGCGGUGUCAGUUAGUAUGAUAUACAUAUAGAAAUAUGUAAGUAAUAUUAUGUUACCCCCCACCACGUGGACUGACGACAUCAAGCGAGUCGCAGGGAUUCGCUGGAUGCAGGUGGCUCAGUAUCAUGAUGUUUGGAAGUCCCUACAAAAGGCUUAUGUCCUGCAGUGGACGUCCAUCGGCUGACAUGAUGAUGAUUAUGAAUAUUAUGUUCAUAUUUACAUAAGAUAAUCUAUUGAAAAUAACAUUAUUAUCUAAUAUUUGGAUUAUACUUACUAUCUAGCCCCAAAGUGAGCAUCAUGUGGUACUAAGAUAGAUGAUCUCAUAAUUUAAGUUUCUUAAAUUUAAAUAAAUUCAAGUCAAUCUCGUCUAAAUAAAUUAUAUUUAUUGUAAUUCGUCUGGCAAUUAUCCGAAAUUCCACUAUGAUUUUAAUAAUAAUCUGAUAAAACUAUCAAAAGUGAUUGGUUGCUCUAUAAUGACAGAUCUUUGUGAUAGUGACAGUAAAUGUGGUGUUGCCCACAGCAAAGUUCAUUAGUUCCAUUUUUAUUAAUUUCUACUCUUCUAUGUCUCACUAUUACUAAGUUGAAUUGACUAUUUAAUUCAAAAAGGGUUAUAUUUUAAGCUGAUUAUUUUAAGUCUUUAAUAUACUAGCAGUCCUAGUUAAUGUAACGACGUCAUCUUUACAUAAAUUACGUCACACGUA